CACUGCUCUGAAUCCGACACGAGUGUGUAGGUUGGUUGUUGUCAGAGUGUGCGCUGAAGAAUUGGCAGCAGCCCAUACAAUGUAGUUCUUUACUAGGCCAAGUGGAAUAAGCCGUUUAGGACGGCGCAUACAAAUUUAUAUGGUUUUUCACACAGAAAAAGUAACGCAUUUUGUUAAAGUAAUUAGUUUGGGAAAACUUCACUAUCAUCACAAAAGAAAGUAGCUGACUAGCUAGCGAGUGCGCUAAAGCAAAGUAUUUGCACACAGACUUUAUUUUUUGACGGCUAAGUCGGACGAAAACCUUUGCUGGAGUGUCAGCUUUAGGUGAACGCUGGAGUUUGCGAGAUUCUUGAACUUUUUAAAGACUUUUUAAAGCACAAAGCGACUGUGGGAAUGUCGUGUCGGAGUGGAGUGUCCCGGGUGGGUAAUCAAGGACUGCAGCCCCUCCGAGCCACGGUGCCGUUUCAGCUGCAGAACCGAGCAGCACCGCGCUGCAAAGACACCAGAGCAGGUAUAAUACUACUACUACUAAUAAUAUUGUGAAUGGAUAAUCUGCGGAAGUCCUGUAGCUGAGCUGCUCUUUUCAUAGCCUCGGUGCAACAGUGUUCAAGAAAUUUUCCCAGAGCACUGAACGACCCCCACCUUAUUCCCUACAUGUUUAGUGGCCCUGGUGGUCACAAAGCAUGGCAUGGGAGAGAAUGAACAUAGCAGCCGAGUACAAGACGAAGGGUCGCCCACCGAAGCCAACCUUACGACGGACAUUGUCUCUGGACACUUUGGUGGGACCGUACCUUCAGGGCAACUGGCCUAGAGAACCAGAGUGUCAGCCUGUUACCUGUGUCAAUGACAAGGCCACACAGACUCCCAGUUCCUGGAUAGAGGAGACUCGGGGGCGGAGAGGGGGCGGCGGUCACAAGCGUUCGGCAUCAUGGGGUAGUGCUGAACACCUCAGAGAGGUCGCUAAACUUCGACAGUCCUUACAGAAACGCUGCAGACAUGCACCUCCUGCCAUGGACUGUGACCAGACACACCAACACAUACACAACAGCCAAACACACUCUUCUAUAUCUUUAGCUCUGUCAGAAUUCUGAACAUUCACUAUCAUAUAUCAGACAGAUUAUAAAACAUGUGCUAUAAGCCUGACCCACUGCAUGAUGGUUUUACAGAGCUGUGGAUCAAUCAGAAUUCAGUAUUUACAGACACAGGUCUUUACGGCAUGCUGGACUUUUUUACCAACACAAAAGAGGCAGUAAUAGACCAGAGAGUCUCUCAUCAGCUGUUCAUUAUAGUGGCAUUUCAUUUGAACGGCUGACCAAGGUUUUGAAGGCUGGGUUUGUUUUGAAUACUCUCAGCAUGUCUGUUUAGUAGUUCAGAAUAUAUACAUUUAGACAUCAUUAAGCAGUAGGUGUUUAAUAAAUGUCUCCAAAUGUUCAGUGAAGAGCAAUUAUUCAUAAAGUAAUCUUACAGAGCUUGUCAAAAAAUGUCCCGAUCAUAUUUCACCACCAAUCAAAUGAAAAAAAGAAAGAAUAAAUUUGUACUAAGAUUUUUUUAUUGUGUCAUAUUUGUAGGACGAGUAAGUGCAUAUUGUUACUGUAUUAAAGUUAAAAAGUAAAGAAAGAUUUGUAUAUAUACAGUAUGUGUAUAAAAUAGGUACUAAGAUAGACUUGAUUAUUUUUCUAUUUUAUCUUUUGAGUUUGGAUUGAAAUAUGAUGGGGAUAUUUUCUUAAUAGGUUUUGUGAGAUUCGCCGGUCCAGAGAAACUGUUUACAGUUGUAAUUUAAUAAGGGAAAGGCCAUUAUUGCUAGUUUAUUCUGAGGUCUUCAUAUGUUGUGGGCCGCUGACACUUAAAUUUGGUGUAAGACAAGAAUACCGACGGGACCCCAUUAAGGGUUUAUUUCUCUACGCACUUGAUAAGUGUGCUGUAUGUUUUACUGAAUUUCACUUCAGACUUGACUACUAAUCUUACCCACAGUGGUCAUAUUGUUCAGUUAAUUUGAGCACCAAGCUGUUAUACAAACACUCUACAUAAGACACAAGCAAGUCUGCUGCAUUCAGAUACAAUAUGUGCAUAUCAUACAGAACGAGACUUCCAGCAAAUUAUUGUUUGCUGACAUUUAAAGCACUGUUAUUAUCCCCUAUGUUUGCAUGGAUUGUGUCUCGGUCUUGGCAUCAUCCGUUCAGUUUUUUAAGUUCUCACUUGUUGCCUUGUUCUGUAAGGGUGCUGUUUGAAUGACAUUGUUCUCAGAUUCUUUGUCUUGAGUACAGUUAUUGUACACCAAACCUGUUUUAUCCUAUAUAUUGUAAAUUUAUGUUACUCAAUUUUGGCUGCCAUAAAUGAGAAGC